AUGGAGCCGCCGCCGCCGGCGUGCGGGUGCUGCGAGCGCCUGGUGCUCAACGUGGCGGGGCUGCGGUUCGAGACGCGCGCGCGCACGCUGGGCCGCUUCCCCGACACGCUGCUGGGCGACCCGGCGCGGCGCGGGCGCUUCUACGACGGCGCGCGGCGCGAGUUCUUCUUCGACCGGCACCGGCCGAGCUUCGACGCCGUGCUCUACUACUACCAGUCGGGCGGGCGGCUGCGGCGGCCGGCGCACGUACCGCUGGACGUCUUCCUGGAGGAGGUGGCCUUCUACGGGCUGGGCGCCGCCGCGCUGGCCCGGCUGCGCGAGGACGAGGGCUGCGCCGCGCCGCCCGAGCGCCCGCUGCCCCGCCGCGCCUGCGCGCGCCAGCUCUGGCUGCUCUUCGAGUUCCCCGAGAGCUCGCAGGCCGCGCGCGUGCUGGCCGUCGUGUCCGUGCUCGUCAUCCUCGUCUCCAUCGUCGUCUUCUGCCUCGAGACGCUGCCCGACUUCCGCGACGAGCGCGACGGGCCGGAGGGCGCCGCCGCGGCCGCCGACCCGUUCCAGGAGCACCUGAACAGCUCCAGUUCCGUGCCCGGACCCCCACCCCGCUCGCCCUUCGACGACCCCUUCUUCGUGGUGGAGACUUUGUGCAUCUGCUGGUUCUCCUUGGAGCUCCUGGUGCGCCUGAUAGCCUGCCCCAGCAAAGCGGCCUUCUUCAAGAACGUCAUGAACAUCAUUGAUUUCGUGGCCAUCCUGCCCUAUUUUGUGGCGCUGGGCACGGAGCUGGCCUGGCAGGGGGGCAUGGGCCAGCAGGCUAUGUCGCUGGCCAUCCUGCGCGUCAUCCGCCUGGUGCGUGUCUUCCGCAUCUUCAAGCUCUCGCGCCACUCCAAAGGCCUCCAGAUCCUGGGCCAGACACUGCGCGCCUCCAUGCGUGAGCUGGGCCUCCUCAUCUUCUUCCUCUUCAUCGGUGUGGUCCUCUUCUCCAGCGCCGUCUAUUUCGCCGAGGUCGACCGGGCCGACUCCCAUUUCACCAGCAUCCCCGAGUCCUUCUGGUGGGCGGUGGUCACCAUGACCACAGUGGGCUACGGCGACAUGGCACCCAUCACCGUGGGCGGCAAGAUCGUGGGCUCCCUGUGUGCCAUCGCGGGGGUGCUUACCAUCUCCCUGCCCGUGCCCGUCAUCGUCUCCAACUUCAGCUACUUUUACCACCGGGAGACGGAGGCCGAAGAGGCCGGGAUGUACAGCCACGUGGACACGCAGCCGUGUGGGCCCCUGGAGAGCAAGACCAAUGGGGGGCUGGUGGAUGGAGGGGUGCCCGAGCUCCCUCCCCCGCUCUGGGCACCCCCUGGGAAACACAUGGUCACGGAAGUCUAA